AUGUCUAGCCUUGUCGGCACAACGGUGGCUUCUGAAAUUCUGACUGAUGUCGUUACCGAGGUCAUGUUCGCAGGACACGGUGAGGAUAUUGCCCUGUCGAGUCCUUAUUCUCUGGCAGUCGUUAUUGUAUUAUCCGUGGUCAUAGCUGUGAUCAUUUUCAUGACCGUCGUCGGGAAUCUCUUCGUCGUCAUCGCGUUCUGCACGACAACCAAACUCCGCACUUACAACAACUAUUUCAUUUUGGGUCUGGCCAUCGCCGACCUGUUGGUCGGUGCAGUCGACAUGCCUCUGUUCGCCGUCGUCAUCAUCAUGGGACGAUGGCCGUUCAGUGCCGUCUUCUGUGAUAUCUUCACCUUCCUCGACCACGCGUUCACACAUACGAGCAUGGUACUCGUCACCCUCAUCAGCCUCGAUCGUUGCGUUGCUGUAUCGGACCCUUUCCGACAUCGUCAACACUGGCGAAGACGGUCCCGUGCAAUCCUCAUCAUUACAAUCGGUUACAUUCUCCCUUUCGUCGUCUGGUUACCGGCGACGACUCUCUGGCAAAUCAUCAACGGCAAUGACCAAAGGCCCUUUCCUGAAGAUGUUUGCGAACCCUUGUACUUUCAAAGUGUUGCUGCAAGCUUUGUCCUUCCCAUGGUUUACUUCUUCGUCCCCUUUAUCCUAACAACCGUCCUCUGUGCCAAAAUUUACGCCGUCAUUAGAAAAUUCUACAAAGGGCGAAAGAAGAUGAGACUUGCAACAGGGAUCGUGCAGUCUCCGUCUUCCGCUGUCGACCGGCCAAGUGAUCCUGGAACUGGCAACAUAACUGCAUCGGUACAGACAUCAACUGCGACUGAGAGUGUUGUAAAGGAAGACAUAAAAAAGACAAAGGAAAUCGGCAGUGAGAGCAUGAAAGGUUUGUCACAAAUCUAUUCAAAGUAG